GGACUCCGGCCCAUGGCUUCUCACCACGGCAUGUCGCGCGUCGUGGGUGGCACAGAUGCCCAGCCAGGGGCCUGGCCCUGGAUCGUCAGCAUCCAGGAUCCCUGGAAAACAGGCACGGGGCAUACAUGCGGAGGGUCCCUCAUCAGCCCACAGUGGGUCCUCACAGCAGCCCACUGCUUCAUUGAGGCCAGGCACAUCACCAUGUGGCGCGUGGUGGUCGGGGCCACCCGGUUGACUCAGCUGGGCCCUGAGGCCCAAGUGCGCCAUAUCAAGCGGCUACUGGUUCACGAGCACUACAGUAACAUCACGCAGAGGAACGACAUCGCCCUGCUGGAACUGGACCAGCCUGUGCAGUGCAGCUACUCCAUCCAGCUUGCCUGUGUGCCCGACGCCUCGCUGAGAGUGUCAGAGCUGACAACCUGCUACGCCAGCGGCUGGGGUUCCACGACUGCAAGAUGUGAGUUCCCAAAAAGAUCAACUGAUGUCCUGCAGGAGGCCAAGGUCCGCCUCAUUGAUGUCAACCUCUGUAACAGCAGCGGGUGGUACAGAGGGGCCAUCCACACCCACAACCUGUGUGCUGGCUACGCGCAGGGUGGCAUCGACACCUGCCAGGGCGACAGCGGUGGUCCUCUCGUCUGCAAAGAUAACAAUGCAGACUACUUCUGGCUCGUUGGAGUCACCAGCUGGGGGAAAGGCUGCGCGAGAGCAAGACGGCCCGGAGUCUACACCUCCACGCAGCACUUUUACGACUGGAUCCUGGCACAGAUGGGACUGCGCCCAGCAGUAUCGGCUACUCCAACGCCACAGCCAGGCUUCACCUCAAGCCCCUUUCAGAGGCCGAGACCCAUACCAACUCAGUUGGGCACGUUUACACCCUGCCCAUUUCCAGUCCAGAGGCUGGUGCAAUUCUUUACUCGGGUGCAGGAGCUCCUGCAGUUCCUAAGGGGGACAAAGGCCUGAGCAGCAGGAUGGACAGGAUCCAGUGCAGCCGGCAGCGUACCACUGGUAACUUUGCAACAACAGUUACGGUAUAUUGCCUGUAACUGCAGUAGUACCUCUUUCCAUGCAUGUACAUCACUGGAAAUGGGUUCAGUUCAACACAAAGCUGAAAAAGAGCUCAAAUAUAGCUGAUGACUGUAUUUUUGCACACGUGUAACAAACAGACUCUGGGAAAAACCUGUAACUGUGGCUCUGUGGUUGAAAUGAAAUUGGGCUGAACUUUUACAUAAAUAAGGAGACAUAGUCUUGUUGCUACAUUCUGUCUCUUCUUUUCAAAGACCUCGUCGACGUUCCUUAAUUGCUGAAUAUCAUCUUGCUAACCUGACUGAAAGUAGUGUAGCCGUUGGUGCUGAUGAGCUUGGCCAGCUCUUCAGUCUGAAUCCAGGACUCAUCGUAGGACUUUGGGAGGUAAGAUAACAUUUUGUUUCAAUACUUUAUUAUGACUUGAAGAAACAGAUUCUUUUGCCUUGUAGUUUGGGAUUUUGAGAGUUUUUUAGGGUUUGGGGUUUGGUUUUUUUCAUCUUCCUUUUUUUCUCUGAGUUUUGAAAGAUCUUGUCUAAACUAACAACAAGGAAAUACAGGUAGGGACAGCUAGUUGAUGAUUUAUUGUAU